AUGGGUGCUUCUGUUUCGAAUCUUUUCGCGGGGGGUGAAAUGACUCAAUCAACGGGUCAAACAAAUGGAGCCGCCAUUCAUGAAGGAUCAGCCACAGACAAGUCGAUGCCACCAUUUUCUGAGAAGCUAACGAAGAAAUUCCCCUUUCCAAAGGUGGAACUCCAUCUACAUCUUGACGGAAGCGUGCGUUUCACCACUUUAUGGGAUAUGUGCAACAAGAAGGACAUGCCGGUGCCUGAUGUGCAUGACGCAAUCAUAUCAACGAAACCGGGUAAUCUCUCUCAAGUGUUGGAGGCGUUCAAAAUAAUCCUCCCCAGAAUUGCGGGUGAUGUGACGGCUCGAUAUGCGCCACAUUUUCUUGCAAACACGGGUCCUGGCAUCGAUUACGAGCACACUUAUCACAAGGAUGGACCGGUAACCGCUGAAGAUGUGGUUCAAGCGGUUUAUCGAGGAUUUGAACGGGGCAAGAAGGAUUUCGGUAUUGAAGCACGAUCGAUUCUUUGCUGUAUUCGCGGACACGAUCUCUGGAACGAUGACGUACUUGCCCUAGUUUCAAAACAUCGUCACGAUUUGGGAGUUGUGGGAAUAGAUAUUGCCGGCUGUGCAGAUGGAGCUGAUGAAAAAUAUGAACCAUCGGCUAUUCGUGUCUUCAAGGAGGCUGCCGCUAUGGGAAUUCAUCGUACAGUGCACAGUGGUGAGGCUGGAACGGACAAAGAAGUGAUCAUGGCUAUCGAAGAGAUGCACGCUGAACGAAUCGGACAUGGUUACAGAAUCAUGCGAGAUGAGAGUGAAUACGUAAAACGAUUUGUGCAAAACCACGAUCACCAUCUCGAAGCCUGUCCAUAUUCUUCUGUUAUGACAGGAUCGGUUCCACUGAAUUGGCCGACUCAUCCAAUCAAAAGGUGGGCAGCCGAUGGAGUUAAUUUUUCAAUCUCGCGCGAUGAUCCAACGUGUUUUGACAACUCACUCUGUUCUGAGCUCGAGUUAGUCAACAGCCGGAUUGGUCUCUCUGUUCAUCAGCUUUGGCAAUGCCAACUGAAUGGAGCACGAGCCGCGUUUUGCGAUGAUGAGUUGAAGAAGAACAUUGUUGAUCAAAUCCUGAAGAGCGAGCCAUCAAAU